AAAAUGUCAUAUACCCCGGCCCAACUAGAACAAUACUUCGAACGCAUCAAAGUUCCUCAUGACACUCGCGCUCGCUUGAGCGCUGGGAAUAAAGACCUAGAGGUUCUGACCAGCCUUGUGCGUCAUCAUGUUGCAGGGGUUCCCUUUGAGAAUACAGUGCUGCACUACACCCCCCAGCAGUAUUUUGAGCUCAAACCUCAAGGUCUAUACGAAAAGAUUGUGCUUCGUCGUCAAGGUGGCACCUGCUUCCAGGUAGUCAGGAUCCUAAGCGAAGUCCUGCUUUCCAUCGGAUACACGCUCUACAAUAGUGGAGCGCGUCUGAACGCAGCAGCUAGUAUCUCUCUUGCAACCACCGGCGAUCCUAACCGACCAGUGGGUGCACAGUUCGGUGACUGGCAACACAUGGUGCUUAUUGUUUGCGUUGACGGACAAGAUUACCUUGUGGAUGGGGGCUUCGGUCCGAACUGCCCUGUCCAGCCGAUUGCCCUGCGUGAUGGGCAUGAAUUUGUGGAUGGGCGCUUGGGCCGUCGGGGACGCCUGAUCUACGACAAUAUCAACAAAGGCCGGGCGCAGCAUCUGAAAUACUGGCGACUGCAGUUCCAAAGCAUGAAAUCAACGGCGGCGCCGUGGAUGGACGUAUAUGCAUUUAAGGAGUGCGAAUGGUUAGACACGGAUUACGAGGCCGGUGCCCGGGCAGUUGGUACAAACAAACGCGUAUGGUUUCGGUUCCGUGUGACUGCUUUCCAGUACGUGCUGGAGGAAGGGGUCCCUGCGGGUUGGGUUAUGCUAUGGCAUAAUAUGCUUAUACGGUUCCACGGUGGAAAGGUGCUGGAGAAGAGCUUUUUGGAGUCUGAAGAGGAGAGGAUCGAGGUGUUGGCGGAUGUGUUCGGAAUCGUGCUGACCGACGAUCACAAGAAAGAAAUUGCCGGAAUGUUCUCAGCUUUGCCUUCAAAGAAAGCAAGGCCAUCAAAGAUGUAG